GUUUCUUCCGGCACGCACGCGUACUUCGUCCAUCCAACAUGGCUGCCGAACGGUGAAAGUUUGCGAGGAUUCAAGAAAUGUGAGACAUGGCAGAGUCUUCAGACAAGCCGGAAGAGGCGGCCGAAGCCACGGAGACGGUUCCGAGUGUAGCGGUCAUCACGGACGAAGAAAGAGAGCUUGCUGGGAAGGCGUUGCUACAGUUUGAAUCUGGGAAGUACGACGCGGCAUUGAACACUAUCAGCAGACUAGAGGAGACACGACAAAAUGAUCACAAGGUCUUACAUAAUAGAGCAGUGGUGGAGUUCCACAAGUCCAACUGUACCAAAACUGACGAGUUCAGACAGAGGUUGCAGACGGUAUGCUCACAGCUGAGCAUCAAAGUGAAUGACCUGGAUGGUCUGGAGGAUGUGGAUAACGGUGUGCUGUACUAUAACCAAGCCGUGGUGAGGUUCCACACCAGGCAGUUCCAGGAGGCCGCUAAUAUCCUGGAGAAACUCUUCCAGUUCAUCGAACCUCUAGAAGAGACUCUUGCCAGGAAAAUCUAUAUGGUGUUGAUCGACCUGUAUCUGCUCACAUACCAGGCUGAGAAAGCGCUACACAUGGUCAGUUACUUUGACAAGAUGCUCUUCGACCCCCCGAGUGCUGGGAAAAGCAAGGAGGGAGCCCAGGACAAGGACAAAGACAAGGAGAAAGACAAGACGCCAGAGAGCGGAGCCACGCCCGCUGCUGCCAAGGAGACAGCGAUAGAAACCGUGUCUCCAAACGAAGAGUUCCGACCGCUCCUGCACCAGUACAAAGCUCGCUGCUGUCUGCUCGCCAAGUCCAUCAAGGCCUGCAAGAGAGAGAUCAAGGCUGUCAUCAACACACAGGGCAUGACGAGCACUACCAUCUUCCUGAAAGCGAACUUCGAGUACCUGCGGCACAACUACCGGAAAGCGGUGAAGCUCCUGAGCAGCAUUCCCGAUGCUCCACGGAUGAUGGAGCUGGGAGAGUGGAUCCCGGUCAUGUUUUACAACAACCUGGGCUGUAUACACUUCUACAUGAAGAAGUACAAUCUGGGGGCCUUCUAUUUCAAAAAGGCCAUGCAAGAGAACGACAACAGGGCCCAACAGCUGCCCAAACGGGAAUCAGGACAAAUAUUGUCGGGGCGACCGCUGCACACCCUGGCGACCAACAAGCACUACGAGCUGCUGUACAACGCAGGGAUCCAGCUGCUGCAUGCUGGGAGACCCCUGGCAGCGUUCGACUGUCUGAUUGAGUCUGUCCAGGUGUACCACUCCAACCCCAGGCUGUGGUUACGGAUCGCUGAAUGCUGCAUUGCUGCAAACAAAGAGACCCCAGAGGAGGAGAGUAGGGGCAUCCCCAGCAAGAAGCAGAUGUCGUCCCAGGGCGUGGUGGGGUCGGGUUUCCACAGGAAGCUGGUCGUCAUGUCCCCCAGUCAGAAGGGCAACAAGUUCACUGGCCCCAGUGGCCAGUCCUCUGCCAUCCCGGUCGCUAACCUGGAGUUUGCCGCCAUCUGCCUGAAGAACGCUGCCAUGCUGCUGCCGGAGGAGGCGGGCACAAAGGAUGCUGGGAGUGCAGGGCAUGCUGGGACAGGUGUGCAGCUGGGCGGCCACAGUCUGGACUCUGGUGACAUGUUUGAUGGGUCAUUGCCGGGAGACAGUGGGUGUGUAGCAGCUCCCCCUGGCUUCCCUCUCAAGCCACUGCAGGCAGCCAGCCUAAGGUGUUCGGUGUUAGCGUGCAGUGCGUACGUUGCGCUCGGACUGGGAGACAACGUGACGGCUCUCCACCACGCACAGAACCUUCUCACACAACCUUCACUCUCAGGGUCCCUCAAAUUCCUGGGUCACCUGUACGCAGCUGAAGCACUGAUCUCGCUGGACCAGGUGUCUGAAGCCAUCCAGCACCUGAACCCAGACAACAUCAGCGACGUGUCGGUCUCCUUACCUGGCACUGUGGAUACCACAGCUGAAAAGGGGAAGGGAUCAGACGAAGGAGAGGAAAGAGAGAGCCAGGAAGCUUUAAUGUUUACCUUUUUCCCCACAGCAGUGCACAGUCAAAAUUACCCACACUCCCUGCAGUCUGCCAAAGCCACCUUAAUGUUCAACCUGGCCAGCGCUCACUGUUUACGAAGCGAGUUUGAGAAAGCCAAGAAGUGUCUACAUCAAGCUGCCUCCCUGAUCCCACCCAAUGAGAUUCCUCCACAAGCAAUAAUGCUGGGUGUAUAUCUGGAGCUACAGAGUGGAAACACGAAGCUGGCUCUACAGAUCAUCAAGAAGAACCAGCUCAUACCACUGCUGAAGGGGAGCGACUCUAACGCCCCCCUCCCCGCCAGCAACACCCCUCCCACACCGCUCACUAGGGCCAAACAAAAACCUCGCAAAUAACUCAACUUUAACCCUUACCUAGCUGAGGUAGCCUUUUGGCAUCAGAGUUUGUACUGGUUUGGGGUUAAUCGGCAGAAGGUAAAUGCAGGGAUGU